AAGUGAAGCGGCCAUUUUGGCUGAAGGGGGCUUUUAGUCACCACGUGAGAGAGAGGGAGGGAGAUAAAGCCCCAAAAGAGAGAGAAGAAAUUCGGCAAACCCGUAUAGAAAGGGGGAGAGAAGAGAAGAGAAAGAGAUUAGCACAAGUGUCAUUCACAUGAGAGCGAGGAAUUCCAUCCCGAACAAUGCCGACAGUCAUGCUGCCGCCGAAAGAGAACGCUCUCUUUAAGAGGAUUCUGAGAUGUUAUGAACACAAACAGUACAGAAAUGGUCUGAAAUUCUGUAAACAGAUCCUCUCCAACCCCAAAUUUGCUGAGCAUGGAGAGACGCUUGCAAUGAAGGGGCUAACUCUGAACUGCCUGGGCAAAAAGGAAGAAGCCUACGACUUGGUGAGACGAGGCCUGCGCAACGACCUCAAGAGUCACGUCUGUUGGCAUGUAUAUGGCUUGCUGCAGAGGUCGGACAAAAAGUAUGACGAAGCCAUCAAGUGUUACAGAAAUGCACUGAAGUGGGACAAAGACAAUCUCCAGAUUCUGAGGGACCUCUCUCUGCUGCAGAUUCAAAUGAGGGACCUUGAAGGUUAUAGGGAAACCAGGUACCAGUUGCUUCAGCUGCGACCUGCCCAGCGGGCCUCAUGGAUCGGCUAUGCUAUUGCAUAUCACUUGUUGGAAGAUUACGAGAUGGCUGCAAAAAUUUUAGAAGAAUUUAGGAAAACACAACAGACUUCACCUGAAAAAGUGGAUUAUGAAUACAGUGAGCUCCUGCUGUAUCAGAACCAAGUCCUCAGAGAGGCAGGCCUUUACAAAGAAGCACUGGAACAUCUCACCACCUAUGAGAAGCAGAUCUGUGACAAGCUGGCGGUGGAGGAAACUAAAGGCGAGGUGCUGCUGAAGUUGGACAGAAUGGAGGAGGCUACUUUAGUGUACCAGAGAUUACAGGAGAGGAACCCAGAGAACUGGUCCUACUACCAUGGCCUGGAGAAAGCCCUCAAACCAGCCAAUGUGGAAGAAAAGCAAAAAAUCUACGAAGAAGCUUGGGUUAAAUAUCCUAAAGGACUGGUGCCUAGGAGACUGCCAUUAAACUUUUUAUCUGGUGAAAAAUUUAGGGAAUGCUUGGAUAAAUAUUUAAGAUUGAACUUCAGCAAAGGCUGCCCUCCUGUUUUUACAACAUUGAAGUCCUUGUACGAUGACAAAGAGAAGGUAUCGAUAAUAGAAGAAUUGGUAGUUGGUUAUGAAACUAGUUUAAAUAGCUGCCAAAUGUUUAAUCCAAAUGAUGACUGUAGAGAGCCCCCUACCACUCUGCUUUGGGUCCAGUACUUCCUGGCCCAACAUUUCGAUCAGAUCAGCCAGCAGUCCUUGGCACUAGAAUACAUCAAUGCUGCUAUUGAAAGUACACCCACUCUCAUAGAACUGUUCCUUAUCAAAGCCAAAAUAUACAAGCACGCUGGCAACAUCAAGGAGGCAGUGAAGUGGAUGGACGAGGCCCAGGCCCUGGAUACAGCCGACAGGUUCAUCAACUCCAAGUGCGCCAAGUACAUGCUGAAGGCCAACAUGAUCAAGGAAGCUGAGGAGAUGUGCUCCAAGUUUACCAGGGAAGGUGCCUCUGCAGUGGAGAAUCUCAACGAGAUGCAGUGCAUGUGGUUCCAGACGGAGUGCGCACUGGCCUACAAGUCCAUGAACAAGUAUGGGGACGCACUCAAGAAGUGCCAUGAGAUUGAGAGACAUUUUGUGGAGAUCACAGACGACCAGUUUGACUUCCACACGUACUGCAUGCGGAAGAUGACCCUGCGCUCAUAUGUGGACCUGCUGAAGCUGGAGGAUGUACUGCGCAGGCACCCCUUCUACUUCAAGGCUGCCAGGACUGCCAUCGAGAUCUACCUGACCCUCCAUGACAACCCGCUGACUGACGAGCACAAGGAGCUGGAGGCGGACACAGCGAACCUGUCUGACAAGGAGCUGAAGAAGCUGCGAAACAAGCAGCGGAGAGCACAGAAGAAAGCUCAGCUGGAGGAGGAGAAGAAGAAUGCGGAGAAGGAAAAGCAGCUGAAGAACCAGAAGAAGAAGAAGGAGGAUGAUGACGAGGAGAUCGGAGGACCCAAGGAAGAGCUCAUACCAGACAAACUAGCGAAGGUAGAAAAUCCACUUGAAGAAGCCAUUAAAUUCUUGACACCGUUGAAAAACCUAGUGAAAAAUAAAAUCGAGACUCAUCUCCUUGCGUUUGAGAUCUACUUCAGAAAAGAGAAGUUCCUUCUGAUGCUACAGUCAGUGAAAAGGGCUUUUACUAUUGACCCCCACCACCCCUGGCUCCAUCAAUGUUUAGUUCGUUUCUUUAAAGCAGUAUCGGAGAACAAAGACUUGCCGGAGUCGGUUCUCACAGUUCUGAAGCAGGAAAUGAGGCGGUUGUUUGGGGAAACAUGUCCAAAGAGCUUUAAUGAAGCCUUCCUCAAAAAGCACUCCACCUCGAUUCCUCAUAGAGUAGCAGCUGCCAAAAUGAUGUACUACUUGGACAGCUCCACAGAGAAGAAGGCUAUAGAGCUAGCUACCGCACUUGAUGAGUCUCUCAACAAUAGGAGCGUUGUGAUCUCCACAGAUGUGCUGGAAGGCCUAUGUAACGGAAGCCUGGGUGACAAUAAAGAAACUGCAGAAUUGUAUAGAGCGGACUGUCACAGGAUGUACCCUCACACGCUGGCAUUCAUGCCCCCCGGCUAUGAGGAGAACAUGAAGAUCACUGUGAACGGAGAUGCCUCUGCUGAGCCCGAGGAGAUCGGCAACGACAUGUGAAUCGGAUGGUCUCUUGUUCGCUUCCUCUUUCUCACCUUGACCGAUAGAAUUUUUUUUUUUUGUCAUGCACCUGCAGUACUGUGUUUUGAAGUUUAUAUCAAUAAGGACUGUGUGAUUUGUGUUUUGGGGGGGUAUAAAAAGAAAAUAGGAACAAAAAAUCCAUUUUACAUUUUUUUAAUCCUGCUGACAACUUCUAAA